AUGAAGGAGAAGAUCCUCGAGCUGAUGUCCCUGCCCACCGCCUGGGAUUGCGGCCGAAAAGACCGCUUGGAUUGGAAGUGCUUAGUCAAGCUCAGCAGGCCUGGUUGGUGGUUGGUGCAUGUGUGGCUCUACUUGGCCCCGACAGGCCAGAAGUACCACCUGCUGAGCAGCUUGUCGUUUUGGCUGGGCUUGGCCUAUGUGCUCUUCCCUCUCAACCUCCUGGUCUAUGGCCUCAAUGAUUACACGGAUGUGGAGCUGGAUGCGAAGAAUGCCCGCAAAGGGAACUUCAUGUAUGGUGCCAAGUGCAGCGCCGAACAACUGAAGGACUUGCCGCGGAUGAUCGUCAUCCUCAACGUCGUGCCGAUCAUUAUCUUAGCACUGGUGAGCGGCCAAUGGCUGGCCCUCUCCAUUUGGUUGCCCACGUGCUUCGCCGUGAAUCUGGCCUACAAUGUGGAGCCCCUGAGAUUGAGUUCCAAGGGGCCCUUCGAAUUGCCCUGUGUGGUCUUCGGCUUCGCAGGGGUCACGGCGCUCGCGAGCAUCGUGAACAACCUGGGCUGGGCACCCAUCGGAUAUUGGGCGCACAUGAGCUGCCUAGUGCUUCGUACGCAGAUCUGGACCGAGUUCCUGGACUACGACCCGGACGCGGCGUGCGGCCGGCGGACGACCUCCACGUUGUUAGGGAAGGACUUGUCCAAAGCCCUGGUGGUGAUCCUUCUAGCGCUUGAGGGCCUUGUCACCUGGUACUUCUUCGAGGAUCAUCGACUUUUUGAUGAGGCUCUUCAGCAUUUCAGGUUAGCAAAGCCUUUGCCGCUCACCAAGAAUGACUUGGUUGUGGGUGACUUCGAUUGGACACGCAUUGCGUUACGGCAGCUGGGCUGUCCAAUGCCUCCACCGCCGGACUAUCCCAAGUGCUUGCAGCAUUUGCUCUACCGGAAGAUUUGGUCUUCGACCCUGGGCGAAGUCCGAGAGGAGCUCAAGGCCAUGCCCGACCGUCAGGUCUUCAUCAAACCAGCUGUGGAGACCAAGGCCUUUUCAGCCAUUGUCGAGCCUAAGGACCAGAUGUUGAACACUUUGUUAGAUGGAAUUCCCGGCGCGUUGGACCCCUUGCCUUCAUCGAUGCGGGUGCAUUGUGCUGAAGUGGUUGAUCUCAUCGCGGAGUAUCGAGUCUAUGUGGUCCAUGGCGAGGUCCGGGCCAUUUGUCACUACAAGGGACCAGCAAGUCCACCCCUGGAUGAGCAGGUGGUGCACGAAGCGGUCCGAACCUUAUGGAAAAGUGAGGAAGGGCAAGACUUAACUGGCAUGGCCAUGGACUUUGCAGUGAUGAGGGAUAAGGCCGUUGAUGGUGACAGCACUUUAAAGACCUGUUUGGUGGAAGUGAAUGAUGGCUACUCCUUGGGCGUCUACCCUGGCCUUUCUGGCAAAGACUACACCGACCUGCUGAUUGCAAGGUGGCAACGACUGACGACCGGCGUUCCCUGA